AUGGUGAUGGGCCAACUCAAAGCAGCUCCAAAAACUCCAGAACCGGUGCGAGUAAUGGAAGUGAAUAUGGAAAGGGACGGUGAUGACUUGAGGCCCGAAUUCUUGGUAAGAUUUUAGGUUUUUUUAAAUUUUGAAAAUUACUGACCCUUGCCUAGGUAAGCCUUAGUUUUAGUCCUACAGCUAAAAUUGUUUUUAAUAUUAAAGUAACAAAUAUUAUUUUUUAACGUUUUGAGCACUAGAAAGUAAAGAUUCAGUAAAAAACAUGAAAAACUUGAUCUUUUUGGAAAAAAAACCUACUACAAUUUGGAGCCUCAUAUCUUUAUAACUAAACUUUUUUUAAAAACAGUUCUAAGCAGUUAAAAACAAAUUUUCUAAGCUUUAAUAUUAUGUAAACACUAUGCAUAUUCUGUAUUUGAUUGUCUCUAUACAUUUGAUUAAACUAGCUAUAUUCUAACUCAGGAUAAUAUAGAGAUAGGUGACUUUGACAGGCUGUAACUUUUUCGAAAAUUUUUUUAAAAGUUUUUGUUUAUUUGAGUUAAAACCACAUACAAGUACCUCAGAUUUGAUAUAAAUUUUAGUUUGCUCGUACUGGUACUUUUUUUGUUAUGCCGUUUUUCUUUACUCCAACUUCAAUUUUUCGAAAAAAUUUCAAAAAAUUUAAAUUUUUUGUAAAAUACGAGAUUUACUUCUAACUUAUUUUUAAUUUCAAUUACCCUAAAAUAAUAACAACCACAUUUUCAGCCUUACUACACUUCAGACUACGAAGCCGUUGCGAAUAUGUUGGCGCGAUUGCAGCAACUUCAGGAUAAGAUUGCGGAUAUUGACGUGAAACAGAAGCGCGACUUCCGAUUCUACGGGUCGCGGGGAAAGAAGUCAGUACGUGAGACACGGAGGUGAGUACUAUUAUCUGUUUAUACUUUUUGAAAGGCUUAUAGUGUCUUCUUAGUCGACUUAGCUUAAGCUAGAGCUAGAGCUAGAGCUAGAGCUAGAGCUAGAGUUAGAGCUAGAGCUAGAGCUAGAGCUAGAGCUAGAGCUGGAGCUAAAGAUUGGGCUUGAACAUUAGCUUAAACUAAGCCUUAGCUUAGCCUGAGAGUGGGUUCUAGCUUUAGCCUUAAGCCUAGGAAUAUCUGUUAUAAAUAAUAAUGCUAUUAAACCCCUCAUCUUCUAGUCAUCUUUUUGAGUUAAACUUUAAUUUAAAAUUAAUGUUGCAAAAGUAGUGUCUCAUCCGAAAAGGCUCGACUUCCUGGUAGUAAGGAUGAAGUAAAGGUUGUUUUUUGAGUACAAAAUUAACUGAAUUUUUAUUAACUUUGGUGUAAAGAUACUUUUAUUUGCAUUUAGGGUUGGUUUUUGAAGCUUGACAAAUUUUAAUCUGGGUACUUUGAUCGUGCUAAGUUGUACGUCAUUUUUUGAAAAGGAGAGCAGAAGGAGGGAGGGGGGGGAAGAAAAGAGGUUUGGGAUGACAAAUUCUAAAAUACGUCUUUUUUGGUUAUGAAGGAGCUUCUAUGAACGUUUUAAGUACCAUGGGGACCCUUUUAGUGUUUUUAGUACUAUUAGUCUUAUUUCAAUUUAAAAAUUUUUUUUUUAAUUUGAAAUUUUUAAAAAAUGACAAAAUUUUUUAGACCCAAAGUUUCAAAUAUUAAUUUUUUUUGGUUUUCAGAUUCAAUUACAUGCCGUCCCGAGGGUAG